AUGGCUCAAACUCAGUUCACGCGGAGCUCAGAGAGCGACGCAUGGGCGCUGCUCGCGCUCAAGUCGGCACCUGCCUCGCCGUCCAAAGUCCAGUGGGCCCAGGAGCCGGCGCCCAUUGCGAUCGCUAGAUUAGAUGGGCGGGAUUUCGAGUACCUGAUUCGUCAAAAACGCGUGAUUAUAGGUCGGAACUCCAGCCGUGGUCAGGUUGACGUAAACAUGGGCCAUUCGAGUUUCAUUUCUCGCCGACACCUUGAACUGUUUUAUGAUCAUCCGGAAUUUUAUCUCACGUGUAACAGCAAGAAUGGCGUGCUGGUGGACGGUGUGUUCCAAAGGAAGGGAUCGGCGGCUAUGUUACUGCCAAAAAGAUGCACGCUCCGUUUCCCUUCGACGAACAUUCGGCUGGAGUUCCAGUCACUGGUGGAGGAGAGUGGCGGAGGUGCAGCGGGAGGCUCUGGGGCUCCACUGCCGCCUUUACGCAUCACCAUACCUGUAGACGGUGAUGCGAGGAGUCCAGCGCCUUCACCCACCGGCACAAUCAGCGCGGCGAACAGCUGUCCGACGUCGCCUCGCGGUGCUGGUUCUUCGGGGCGUCGACACGCUGACCUGGGCCUAGUGGCGCACUACGCAGCGCUGAGCGAGCACCAGAGGCCCACGUCCAAUGGCACCUCCGCCUCGUCAACGACAACCGAAUCCGCGUACAGUUCGCGCGACACCCGAGAAUCCCGCGAGCACAGGGAAGCCCGAGAUGACGCAAAACCGCCGUACAGUUACGCGCAACUGAUCGUUCAAGCGGUCGCCUCCGCUCCGGACAAGCAGCUCACGCUUAGCGGCAUCUACAGCUACAUCACUAAGCACUAUCCGUACUAUCGCACCGCGGACAAGGGCUGGCAGAACUCGAUACGUCAUAAUCUGUCGCUCAAUAGAUAUUUCAUCAAGGUGCCCCGCAGCCAGGAGGAGCCGGGGAAGGGCAGCUUCUGGCGCAUCGACCCGCAGAGCGAAGGCAAGCUCAUCGAGCUUGCCUUCCGCCCGCGACGACCGCGUGGAGUCCAGUUCCGAGCGCCAUUUGGACUCUCCUCGCGGAGCGCUCCCACCUCUCCCUCGCAGGUGGGAGUCUCGGGCUUGGUGACUCCUGAAGAGUUGUCCCGAGAGCCCACUCCUGACCUGUUCACUGGUGAAGAAUCUGAGCAACAGUCGAGCCAGCAGCGGCUCAACAACAGCAGCAACAACAAUGGAGGCGGCCAGUCCUCGCAGUAUCUGUUCCCUCAGCGCAGCGGCGUCAGUCAGAGCGCUCCUGGCUCUCCAGGUCACGGAAUGUCCUAUAACGCGGGCGGGAGUGGUCUAGUGAUGACAGUCGUCACUAACGGAGCAGGUGGAGAGAGAGAAGAGAAGUACGUUGUUGGCACGGGCGCAGGCGGCCUUGUGUUGAAGGAAGAAGACUCGCCCGGGGUCGUACUGCACCAUUCGCCGUACUACUCGGGCGGCUACGGCGGCGGCGAGGAGGGCUGCGCGGCGCUGGGCGGCGAGCUGGUGAUCGAGGAGGCGCCCGACGACCCGCCGCACAAGCGCGCCAAGCACCACCACAUGUCAGACAUAGAGGAGAGGCGUGCAUAUUGA